AUGUCAAAUUCAAGUGAGACCCUAGACUAUGGUUCGCUGAAUUAUCGAAAUGUCGAACGUAUACGAUUGGGUAAUUUUGAGUUUGAUACAUGGUUUGGCAACUCGGUUUUAUUUAUACAAACUGAGCCUGAAACCCUCGGAUACCAGCUUUUAGAAAAAAGGACCAAGCCCUCUGUCUCUACAAAGAAGUUCAAUCAGCUUAAUCAGCUUCAGCAACCAUGGAUCAAAAUGCUUCAUUUUUGUCAAGCAUGUUUCAAAUAUACUACCGAAUGUGAUGAAAUGUUUCGGCACUACUCUUACUGCUCGUUUAGAAGGAAUUUGCCCGGGCAAGUAAUGUAUCAGGACGACACAUGUACAAUCAGGCGAGUUAGUGGGAGGAAACACAAGCUAUUUUGCCAGUGCCUGAGUAUACUGGCCAAGUUCUUCCUCGAUAAUAAGUCUGUGUUUUUCAAUGUGGAAUAUUACGAUUAUUUUGUGAUCUAUCAAACUUUAGACGGGGUUCCGACUCCCAUGGGGUUCUAUUCAAGAGAACUUCUUUCCUGGGAUCAGAACAAUCUUUCAUGCAUACUAGUAAUACCUUGCUAUCAGAAACAAAGACUAGGAUCCAAACUGAUAGAAUUCUCUUAUUAUCUUUCGAAUCACGAACAGAUAGUCAGCGGACCAGAACGACCUUUAUCUCCGUUUGGAAAACUUUCAUAUCUUAGCUACUGGACAAAAUCCCUCUCCAGGGAGUUUCUCUAUGGCAAAUUAUCAACUAAUACUCAUGUUACCCUAGAGCUGAUCAGCCAGAAAACAGGCUUUAGAUCAGAGGAUAUUCUCUUAUCAUUAGACCAUAUGCAAUCGCUCUUCGAAUAUGGUACAAAAUCUCCAUAUACAGACUAUUAUAGCGGCAGGCGCUAUAAUGAUCGGCAGUACGUUUUUUUGGAAGAGGUCAACUACAAACUAUUCAUUGAUCGAACGAAGAUCAAGAAAUGGGUGAUUCAAAAUGAGAUAGUUGCAGGCACAAACUUGGAUCCCGCUUGUUUGAUAUUAGAUUAG